GAUUAAUUAAUUGAUUCAACUCAAUUGGCACCUUUUGAGCAUUUGCCUUGUGUAUUCCACGCGCUUGCCCUUUUGGGACAACGCCAUAGUUAACGGGGUAUCUAUAAUCUCAAGUAUAUAAAGAACAUUCAAUUCAUUCUUAAAACCAUUCUUAAAACCUUUCCUUAACUACUAAUCACCACCAAAAUGACCAUUGACAACUCCUACGAAACUGAAUGGGUCCCAAAGAUCACCAGCUACAGACAGCAACUCGACUCUCAGUUGGAACCAUACAAGCACUUGGUUAAAGCUAUUGAUCCAUCUAAGGACCAACAUUUCAACGCUGUUCAACAACAAGCUAAACUCCUAACCCCUAAAGAAUUGGAAAUCACAAAUUACACUGCAAAAGAAUUGAUCUCCAAGCAACUACAAAAUGAAUUAACAGCUGUUGAAAUCUACAAUGCUUUUGCUAAAAGAGGUGCUAUUGCCCAUAUAUUCACCAAUUGUGCUAUGGAGUUGUUUUUCGAUGAAGGUUUACAACGCGCUAAAGCGUUGGAUCAAUAUAGAGAAACUCAUAAUGGUGAAUUAAUGGGUCCCUUACAUGGUAUCCCAAUCUCUUUGAAAGAAUUGAUGAAAUAUGGUGGGAAAGUCACCACUGCUGGUUAUGUUUGUUAUCUUGAUAAUUUAAUUAGUAAAGCCCCAAGAGAUGAAUCAAUUUCAAUCCAAAUCUUGAGAAAAUUGGGUGCUGUCUUCUACAUGAGAACUUCUCAACCUCAAUCAGUUAUGCAUCUUGAUACCGAUAAUCAAAUCAUUGGAAGAACUUCAAACCCUUUUAAUUAUAAAAUUAGUCCUGGUGGUUCCUCUGGUGGUGAAUCUGCCGCUGUUGCUUUAGGUUCUUCAGUUAUGGGUAUUGGUUCUGAUAUUGGUGGCUCCAUUAGAGUCCCUGCUGCAUUUUGUGGACUUUAUGGAAUUAGACCAACAAUAAGAAGAGUUUCAGGAAUGAAUUCAUUAUCUGGUGGAGCUGGUCAAGAAUCAAUCUUAUCAUCUCAAGGUCCAUUGACAAGAUCAAUUGAAGAUUUAGAAUAUUAUAUGGAUGCUUAUAUUAAUAAGGGGAAACCUUGGGAAUAUGAUCCAAAUAUCAUCCCACUAAAUUGGAGAAAUGAUAUUAAACUUGAUAAAGAAACUGUAACUUUUGGUUUCAUCAUGACUGAUACUUUAGUGGACCCUUCAGACUCAAUUAAAAGAGGACUUGAAUUUGUUCAAUCCAAAUUAUCUCAAUAUAAUGAUGGUCAAAAAUGUAUUGUGAAAAUAAUUAAAUUGGAUCAUGAUUUAAUGGAAACUGCUUUUAAACAAAAUAAACAAAUCUAUGGUACUUCAAAACCUGUUCAUGAUGAAUUAUUUGCUAAAAGUGGUGAACCUUUAUUACCUUUAACAAAAGUUUUCUUAGAUUUUGCUAAUCCAAUGGAAAAUGACAUCUUGACAAAUAAUAAUGUUAAAGAACAAACAAAAUUUUAUUUCCAUAAUUUAAUGGAAGAUGAAGGUUUAGAUUUCAUUAUCAGUCCAACUUAUGCAAAUGUGGCUGAAGUUCCAAAAAACAUUAAUCAUUGGUUUUAUUCUUCAAUGUUUAAUCUAAUUGAUUUCCCAAAUAUCAUCUUUGGAACUGGAUUAACUCAUGAUGCUUCAAUUGAUUUGAAAGGUCCAGGUAAUGUUAGUGAUUAUAACCCAUCAGAUUAUGUUAAUGCCCCAAUCAGUUUACAAUUGACUGGUAAAAGAUUUGAUGAUGAGAAAUUGGUUCAAGGUGUCAAACUUUUAAACAAAGCACUUGGAAUAACAAAGUGA